AUGUUUCAAAGGGGCAGUGGAACGGGUGGCAUGGUGAACAUUGGGCCAAACGCCUUGCAGAAGACAACAUUUGGCUUCAACAAGGAUUUCUCGACUAAGGAGUUCAUCGUGAGAGACUUUGUUGACGAGCUGGCUGAGAGCGCAAUUCCCGUGAAUCGACGAUCCGCCCCAGCGGCACAACCAGCUUUCGAUCCAAAACCACUAAUCAGGACAUUUGAAAAUGCUCUAUCGCAAUUGGGGGCGCUCACGGAGAAGUUGGAAGAGGAGGAGUCUGGGCUGCAGAACGACGUGCGCCGGGCGGAAAUGCAACACGAUCGCACCCUCGAAACGCUUGGCCGAAAACUGGAUCAGUCUAUGGCCCAGUUCGAAGCACUCGACUCCACGUUGAACAGCUCCAACGGCACGAACGGCCACGAUAGGACAGCUCGAGGUGACAUUGGAGGAAAUGUCGCUGUGCAGAUCGGUGAGAGGCUGGAGGAGCUGGAUCGGAAGCGGAGGCGGGCGCUGGAUGCAAACUUCCUUAUUCAAUGCUGGAAUGAGGUCUCCGAGACUGGGCACCUAGGCCUACUCGAGGAGAUGAAGAGGGUAGGCGGAGCCGAGAACAAAGUCCGGUGCGCCAACAUUGCGCGACAGCUCAUGCGAAUCAGCCAGAGGUUGGAUCCCACAUCUUGGGGCCAAACAAAUGGAUACCGGCGAAACGGAAUAACCAAUGGCGUGACUGGCACAAGUCGGAAACAUAACACCCGCGAGGUGCUGGAGAAGUACUGCGAGGUUCUGGAGCAGGACCUGCUCGAGCAGUUCAACAGGAGCUAUCGUUCUCAGAACUUUCCCGACAUGCUGCAGUGUGCCAAGGUCCUAUUCGAUUUCAAUGGAGGCAACAGUGUGGUGGCCACGUUUGUGAACCAGCACGACUUUUUUAUCAACAGGAAUCAGCUCCUGGCAGACGAGGUCACUGGCGAUGACGAAUCUUGGGAAUUGCUCGCUGAUCCUGACAAGGAACCUCCCGGGAUCGAGCAGAGCUUACAAUCUCUGAUUGACGAAGUCAGGGUCGUCAUGCAAGAGGAGUCGUUCAUCAUCAAGCAAGCCUUCCCUAUGGCUGAGACGGUUCUCAUCAAAUUCAUCCAACGAGUAUUUCAGCAGUCUGUCCAACAGCGGCUGGAGAUGGUGCUCGAGAAGGCAGAUUCCGUGUCCUCAUUGGCAUUCCUACGGUCACUACAUUCAGCAAGGACUUAUAUCGGCCAACUCAUCGAGGAUCUCAAGACCCACGGAUUGAUUGACAACCCGGAACCCUGCUCUGCACAAAUCUCGCAAACCUUGGACCAGCAAAUGGAGGAGCUUUUUGUGCCAUACCUCGUCGGAAACUCAUACAUCGAAAGAGAGCGCAGGAAUUUGGAGGAAUUGUACAGCUCAUUGCUAUUCAAGUACACCAUUUUCCAUUCCAGACGCAAGAAGGCCCCAAGUGGUUUCAUGGCGGCAAUAGCCCAACAAGGCUCGCAGCUAUUGGCAUCGGCCAAAGACGUCUACCUGGAACGUCUCGAAUCAUCUGACCUCACACCGACUCAAAAGGCAAUGAUGUUGAGGGUCGCUGGCGUUAAGGACAACAGCGAGAACAAGAAUGAGAUUGAGGUUUCUGACGAAGAUGGCGCAAUCAGUGUCGAGGUGGCCCAAAGGAUGAUGAGGUGGCUAGCAGAGAGUGUCCGCAGGACGCUCGAGCUCGGCUCCUCCACGGAUACUGCACGAGACGUAAACAGUCUAUUGAGCCUCCUCCUGACCAGUAUGGGUCAGGUCUACAUUGAGACCGCUCUGGAUGCCGCACUCGACGCUUCGUCUUCGCAGGAGAACUCAAAGGUCGAGCCAGACAUGUCAUAUUUGCCCAACAUUCGGCCGGCCGUUACCAAUGCGAACAUCAUGUCCCGAUUCAUACACACAGUCAUGAUUAGACUCGCGGAGGGCAAUGCGACUGUGCGGCGAAGCAUGGAGGCGCAGGCCAAGAUGGCCAUGGAAACGAUCGAGAGGAAAACGAACAGUGUGGUCAAGAGCUCAGUAGACGUUGUGAUAAACUGGGUGACCAGGACACUAGCAACACAGCGCAAGACGGAUUUCCGCCCCAAAGAUACAGAGCUUGAGCUCAUUGCAGAACUGUUGCAGACACCCACAUGCCAAACGAUCUGCAGCUUCCUCAAGCGAGUCUCUCAGCUCUCAACGCAGGCAAUCGAUGGCCACAACCUGGAAAUCUUCAGUAGCGAGCUGGCGCUGGCGAUACACAAGCUACUUCUGGAGCACUUCAAAAAGUUCUCCGUCAACGCGACUGGAGGAUUGAUGGUGACUAAGGACCUAAACAAGUACAUCUCGACGUUGAAGGAGUGGCCCCUCACCAAGGAAGUCCAAAGCAUACUAGACCUCCUCCCGGAGAUCGGAUACCUGUUCAUUAUCGGCCCGGAGGCGCUCAAAGAGAAAAGCCGAAAUCUGGGGUCGGGCUCAGCUGCGACUGGCAAGAAGCUGACCAAGGCGGACUUCAAGUCCAUCGUACAGAAGAGGGAAGACUCGAGCAGUGUAGGAAUUCAGAGUGUGCUCAAUGGCUUGUGA